AUGAGAACAGACGGCUAGGAUACCACGUGCGCGUGGCAUGGGAGAAUCCGAAUUUGGCGACCGAGAUAGAGAGAGAGAAAAAAAAAACCCUCGCUUAUAUGCAUACCAUCGCACCAAUUUGAGUUUUGGCUGCGGACCCGAACCCUCUCCGAGCGCCGAAGGAGAGAAUCCGCAGCGAUGUUCGGUUCUACCAGUUCUUUUGGGCAGUCAUCCACGAGCCCGUUUGGUUCACAAUCGGUGAUUGGGCAGACAAGCAGUGCUAGCAGCAAUCCUUUUGCGCAGAAACCCUUUGGUAGUCCAAAUCCUUUUGGUUCUGCGACAGGGAGUUCAGUAUUUGGGGGCACAUCAACUGGUGUCUUUGGCCAGCCUUCCACACCGGCAUUUGGUGCUUCAUCAUCACCAGCUUUUGGAAGUUCAACACCUGCUUUUGGAGCAUCGUCAGCUCCUGCUUUUGGCGCUUCUUCUGCUUCCUUUGGUGGAUCCUCUGUGUUUGGGCAGAAGCCACCUUUUGGAGGUUUUGGGUCAACUGUCAACCAGACCAAUCCAUUUGGGCAGCAGACACAGCCUGCAUUUGGAAACAACCUUUUUGGUUCAGCUACGCCCUUUGGUGCAUCAAGCCAACCCACAUUUGGGGCUACUAGUGCACCGGCUUUUGGUUCUACAAGCACCCCUACUUUUGGUUCUACAAGCAGCCCUGCAUUUGGAGCUACAGCUGCUCCUACAUUUGGUGCCACAACUGCUCCAGCAUUUGGUGCCACAACAUCACCAGCAUUUGGGUCUACAACAACUCCACUAUUUGGCAGUACUGGAGCUGCAUUUGGGGCAUCAAGCACCCCUGCAUUUGGUUCCACAGCUACACCAGCCUUUGGUACUCAAAGUUCUUCAGUGUUUGGAUCUUCAAACACUCCAGCAUUUGGUGCAUCCACUACUCCCACGUUUGGAUCUUCUACGGCACCUGCUUUUGGUGCAUCAACUACUCCUUCCUUUGGCUUUGGCUCCUCACCAUCUUUUGGUCAAUCAUCUUCUGCAUUUGGCAGCACUCCAUUUGGAACUACUACAUCACCUUUUGGUGCUCAAAGCUCCUCAUUUGGUACUCAAACAGCAACACCUGCAUUUGGUAGCCCAAGUUUUGGACAAGCAGCUUUUGGGGGCCAACGGGGGGGCACUAGGUUAGUAGCUUACAGCCCAACACCUGAGACUGAUGGCACUAGUGGCACACAAGCUGCUGGAAAGCUGGAAUCGGUAUCAGCUAUGCCUGCAUACAAGGAAAAAAGUCAUGACGAGUUGAGAUGGGAGGACUAUCAGCUUGGAGAUAAAGGGGGUCCAAAUCCUGCUGGACAGCCUGCUGGAGGGACUAGUUUUCCUGCUGCAACACAACCUAGCCCAUUUGGUUCUCCGGGCACAUUUAGUCAGCCUACAGGAAACCCCUUUUCUUCAUCAACAUCUUCCAACCCCUUUGGGCCUAAAACUGCUACUUUUGGACAGACUGGCUUUGGAUCCUCAUCGUCUUCAAUUUUUACCUCAUCUCUCAAUGCUUCCUCUUCUAGCCCUUUUGGCUCAACCUCUACUACCACUUCAUUGUUUGGGGCUUCUAGUGGUUCUGCUUUUGGUUCAAGUUCAUCUCCUGCACUUUUUGGAGGAUCUUCUGCACCUGCUUUCAGUUCUUCAUCCUCGAUUUUUGGUGCCUCUGGGGCUGGGUCAUGUCCAGCAUUUGGUUCUGGCCUCUCUUUUGGGAACACUCAAUCAACUGGAUUGUUCCAAUCCACUUCAUCCGUUGGGCAAACACCAUCUCCUUUUGGUCAGUCUGCUACAGGAUUUCAAUUGACUACUCCUAGUUCUGGAUCAAAUCUAUUUAGCACACCAUCAACUGGAUUUGGGGGAAGUUUGUUCACCAAUUCAGCUCCGGCAGUUCUUUCAGCGAGCAAUCCUGUUGGUUUUGGUCAAGCAACUCCUUCUCUUUCAACUGUAUUCCCGCAAACCGCCCCUUCUCAGACAUCUAGUGCACUUUCUUUUGGCAACUUUGGUCAGGCACAGCCAGGUAAUUCACUUGUGUUGUGCUUUCUCUCUUUUAUUGCAACUAAUAUUUCAAGGUAUUACAGACGUGUUAUUAUUGAUAUCUCAGCAUCUUCAGGUGGCUUGGCCAACACAUCAAGUAUCUUCAGUCAGGGCACCUUCGCUCAACCAGCUGCUACUCAGUCUGCUAUUGUUGUGCAACCAGCACCAGUUACCAAUCCUUUUGGAAUGCUUCCAGCAACACCUCAGAUGUCCAUUGGUCGUGUGGGUUCUGCACCUUCAAUUCAGUAUGGGAUUUCUACAAUGCCUGUUGCUGAAGUGUCUGUUCCAGUCAGAAUCUCCUCUUUAUUGGCUCCCAGGCACAUGUCUCAGAGAAGGAUUAGGUUGCCAGCAAGGAAAUAUCAUCCUAAAAGUGAUGGUCUAAGGGUACCAUUCUUCAGUGAUGACGAAGAAGCAUCCACCACACCUAAAGCAGAUGCUUUUGUUAUUCCACGGGAGAAUCCUAGAGCACUAGUUGUCCGUCCAGUUGAACAGUGGCCUUCAAGAUCUACUACAGACAAGCAGUUUGGGCUGAAAAUCACACCUCCUUCAGCGAAUGAAAAUGGGAGUCCGGCUGACAAUGGGCACAACCAGCAACAAAAUAGAAAUCACCUAUCACCAUCCAAAGAUUCCAAACCUUCCCAGAAGCUGAAUGGGUUUCAUGCUGACCGUGCAGAAAAGGCGAGUCGUUUGUCACCCACAAACUUCUCCUGGCAUGGGGCUGGUGAAGCUGCAUUUGUGUAUGAGCAUGGUGCAGAUAUUGAUGCUCUGGUGCCCAAGCUUCAUCAUGCCGAAUAUUACACUGAGCCACGAAUCCAGGAGCUGGCUGCCAAGGAACGUUCUGAACCAGGCUUCUGCUGCCAUGUGAAGGACUUUGUGGUUGGAAGGCAUGGGUAUGGCAGCAUAAAGUUUGAUGGAGAAACUGAUGUGAGAAGGCUUGACCUUGAUUCGAUCAUCCAGUUCAACAACCGUGAGGUUAUUGUGUACAAGGACGAGAGCAAGAAGCCUCACAUAGGACAGGGUCUCAACAAGCCUGCCGAGGUGACACUACUUAACAUCAUGUGCAUCAAUAAGAAGACAGGGCUGCAAUACACCGAAGGCCCCAAAGUUGAGAAGUACGAGGAGAUGCUGAUGAAGAAGGCCCAAGAGCAGGGGGCUGAGUUUGUGUCAUACGAUGCAGUCAAAGGGGAGUGGAAAUUCAAGGUCAGGCACUUCAGCUCCUAUGGCAUUCGAGAUGGCAUCCGUGAUAUCUAGAUUUCAGGGAAUGCCUGUUGUUGUCUCUGCAUCUAGGCUUUAAGUCUGUCCCCUUUUAAUGAAGGGUUGGAAGGGUAAAGUGUGAUUGUCUCCUGAGGAGAAACUGGAAGCGGUGCUUUGUUUUUGAGGUCCAGCGUUUAUAGACUGUCGUAACUUGUGGCAAUUUUUCUUUUUUCAGAAAAAAAAAAAAUUCACUCUUGUCUUGGUCCAAGGGUUUCAAGGGGGAGAAGUUCUCUUUAAUGAAAAACUGUAUUUUGGUCUCGAUGACAGAGUUCUCGAUUUGUUUUUUUAUAUGGACGUAAUUUGACUUUUGUAAGAACAGAGUAUUCUUAAAGAAGCUGAACUCAAAGCCAAGUUGACA